GAAUCAUGCAUGCUUUGGUGCCCAGUUCCAGACUUUAUCUGGCACCUGUCAGGGAUGAAGAAGCGGAGUCUCAGAGGAGAGCCAAAUCACGUCAUGCCAGACAAACCCGCAGGUCAACGCAGGGUGUAACUCUGACAGACCUGAAAGAUGCACAGAAACUCAACAGCCGCUCAGAGGAAUCCCUAUUUGAUGGAAAUGUGGAGGACCGAGCAACCGAAACCAAAAUUAGCCCAAGGUGGAGCAACACAGAUGAGCAGGGGAACAUCAGAUCCAAGUUACAAAGUGUUGCUGAGUAUACAGAAGCCUGCUGUUGGCCUUCGUCCACUAUUACAGACACAAACGCCAUUAGAGCUGGUGGAAGAAAGUGGAUGGAUGAAAAUCAGAACCUCCUUGAGGAAGAAGAGCAGUUCACAGUUACAAAACCCAGGAGCAGACAACGUGGAUGGGAUGAAUCAGACCGUGCGUUUUCAGAGCAUGACAGACUGUCAAGAUUUGACUCCAGUGGCGAGAAUGUGCCUGACAGACUGGGCAUCACCAGUUCCUACACUCGGAGGGAGACCAGGCUAGGUUCUUUCAACAAGCAGGACCAAGACACCACAAGCAAAGAUUAUAAGAAAAUGUAUGGAGAGGCACUACAGGAGAAUGAACGUCUCAAAUCCAGGUUGCAGGACAGCAAACAAGAACUUGUCAAUAUUCGUUCCCAACUAGAUAAACUGGCUCACAGUCAAGAAAGACUAGAAGAGAAAUCGACUAUGCUUGAAUCAGAGAAAAAGGAAAAACAGGCCCUUGAAAAACGAGUGUCUGGCAUGGAAGAGGAAAUGAAGACUUUCCCCGCUCUGGCUCAGGCACAAACCUUGCGGAGCGUCAACGAGCGCCUCCUGGCCGAGAACAGAGCUUUGCUGCGUGCCCUCGCCCGCCUCUCUGAGACGGCCUCCAUACCGGAGACAGAGGACCUCUGAACUCACCUGACCUCCUUUCAUUCCCUUUCUCAGCAAUAUAACACUCCUUAUGGUGCCUCUACAGGCCCUUCCUCUGCUAUGUUCCUUUCAGGCAGGUGUGCACACCACCGCAUAAUCUACCUCCUUCCUUUCCUUUGCAUAUUACUCUAUUUUUAUCUCUUUUGCUUUAAUAACUUAAUAAGUUUUAAAACUUGCUCUAGUAUCAAUAUCAUGUACGUAAGUACACCUCUGCAUAACAUUGUUUUCUUUUUAAUAUUAAAGAAGAAAGUAAUAUUGAUCAACUUACAAUAAAGUGUAAAGAAAAAAAUAACACAUCCAUACUGUAAAAAUAUAAAAAAUAUAUAUAAAAAAUAUAGAUACAUUUUUGACAGUUUGAUACGGAAAAAUUAAAUUUAAUAAAAUCAAUACACAAUAAUAAAUUCAAAUUGAUUAGCAACAUGAACCCACAAGGACAAUAUGAAAAACAAUUAGACUGAAAAAAAAAAAAAAAAAAGAAUAGAACAAAAACGACAAUGUUAUUGGACAGAGAGACAGUGUAUUUUUUUUUUUUUUUUUGCUGCAGGCAGUAUCAGCUCCUUUCUUAUGGUGUGGGGUUAUUUUGCACUGAGCAACUUGGUAUGCCACCUUUAAUGAUGCUGACAGUGCUUGCUGGGUUACUGGUGUAACACUGACAAAGCGGGAGGAUUGUUGGCAAUAUUCGGCACGUUUUCACUGAACAAAAAAUAUUCCUGCCGUCCACUGCGAACAUUUUUAACAAAGUAAACAGACUGAUCUAUCCCCUCUCCCACUGUACUAAAAGUCAAAGCCAAAUGCUACAUACUCUUCUUCAUAUUUCCUUGUCUUAUCUUUUCAUAUCUCCAGCGUUUUUUGCUGUGUGCUCAUGUUUCGUUAAAAAUAUUGCUCAUACGCUGAAAAUGAGAGCGGCACUACCACCCACUGAGUGGAUAUGCAAUUACACUUUAUUCUAGUACGGCAAAAAAGUAUGUUCACCAAGGUCGCAUGCGCCCCCCUGGGGGGGCCCGCCCCACUAUUUGAGAAAUACUGAGGUAAGAGCACGCGAGAGAAGAAUUAUAGACGCCAUGACUUUAACGAGAUAUUAUCGCGUCCUUGCCUUGUUUCGAUCCAAAAACUCCAUGUCGCAUGUAUCACUGAGUGUCAAAACACAGCUGUGAAUGGCCAAAGCUGGAUUUUUGGGGGAUUUUACGGGUGAAACAUGGUAAUAUAACAAGGGUCGCGAUGCAGAAAUCGCAGACAUCAAGGAGAGGUACACCGCUAACACACUCACCCACCCAUUUUCCCUCACUAAGAGGUGAGCUCUAGCUUAGAGCUGAAUUUAGGCCAGAGACUGGUCGCCAGCCAAUUGGAGUGCACAUAUAGAAAAAGAAACCAUUCACACUCAUAUUCACACCUAAGGAGAACCAUAAUUUAGCAUGAAUGUUUUUU